AUGGCGAUGCCAAAGGCAAGCUCCAUUGUGCUGGCUGUGGUGCUAGUCCUUGCGAUGGCGGUGUCCCUGGGUCGCGGGGACUACAGGAUCCGCGACUUUCUACACCCCAAGCUACACACUCAGUUUAAUCUUGUAACCUACUCGAUCGUAUCGCUUGCGUGCGUGCAUGCAGCUUCGGCUUGCUACGGGAACCAGGACAAGGGCACGAUGAUCGCGGCGGCGAGUGAAGCCUUCUGGAACGGCGGCAAGGCCUGCGGCGACAAGUACGUGGUCACGUGCACGGGCGCCACCAACGCCGGCGUGCCGCAGCCGUGCACCGGCCAGAGCGUCACUGUCCAGAUCGUGGACCUCUGCCCCGCCGGCAGCUGCCGGGCCACCAUCGACCUCUCGCAGGAGGCCUUCGCCAUCAUCGCCGACCGGAACGCCGGCAAGAUCAAGGUCGAGUAUAGCCGGCGGAAGUGGGCUUACCGGUCCCAGCAGCUAGACGGCCUGCUUAGUACCGUAACACCAUAA